AUGCUGGUUGAUUUCAACCACUGCGUCUUCAACUUCGCCGAGUGCAGAUAUAAGUCGUGCUUCUUCUUCCUUUAUCAGACUUCUGCUCCUCCCAAACCAGACAUCUGCGCCUUCUUGUUCAUGGAGCCAUUUCAUUUCAAUUUUUCUGUCUUCCUCCUACUUGUUGCAUUGCUCUUUUUCAAAUUUUUCUUGGUUAAAUGCAAUGCUCUUGGCCAAUGCCUUCAAAAAGAGAGCUUUGCACUUCUCCAGCUCAAACGAGGCUUUACCUUUGGUAAGCUUGAGACAUGGCAGCCAGGGACGGAUUGCUGCAAGUGGGAUGGUGUGACAUGCGAUGAAUUGGGACGGGUCACUAACCUCGACCUAAGCAAUCGGUCCAUCUCAGGUAAGAUUAAUCAUAGCCUCUUCAAUCUCACAUCUUUACGUGCUCUCAAUUUUGCCAACAAUUGGUUUGAAAAUAUGCCAAUUCCGGAUUUUGGUUGGGACAAGCUUACAAAUCUUUCAAGCCUAAAUCUUUCCUAUUCUGGAUUUGUUGGGAAGGUUCCCGCUAGUAUCUCUCGCUUAAGGAAAUUGACUUCCAUUGAUCUCUCCUUAAAUUUUGGGUUGUUUCUCACUGCUAAGCCAACAUUUUUGCGAAACAUGAGUAGUUUGAGAGAACUUUUUGUUGACCUUGUAGAUAUCUCAGCAUACAGGGAUGAAUGGUGUGGUGCUUUGGUAAAUUCCACCCCUGUUCUUGAGGCAUUACAUAUGCAAGGUUGUUCUCUCUUUGGUGCAAGUUGUUCAUCUCUCUCCAAGCUCCCUUUUUUAUCUAUUAUCUGGUUUGGAGACAAUACUUUGGACUCUAGUAUCCUAGAUUCAUUUGUCAAUUUUACUUCUUUAACUGAGCUUGAAGUCCAAGAAAAUGGAUUCAAAGGAGUUUUUCCCAACAAAAUAUUUCUGCUAAGAAAUUUAAGACAUCUUGACAUCUCAAAUAAUCCAAUGCUUUCUGGUUAUCUUCCAAAAUUUUUAGAGGAUAGCAAUUUAGAAAUUUUGGCACUUUCUAGUACUAAUUUCUCUGGAAAUUUACCUGAUACAAUAGGCAACCUCAAAUUUUUGAUAGAUUUAGAUCUCUCAAGUUGCCAAUUCUCUGGAACAAUACCACCUUCGUUGGGGAAUCUAUCACUACUAUCUAGUCUGUAUCUAUCGAAUAACAAUAAACUACAUGGUCAAGUUCCAAGGCCCAUAUUUCAAAUAUCAGGGCUUAUUUUACUUUCACUUGCUUCAAAUAAUUUCAGUGGAGUUUUGGAGUUGGAAUUCAUCAAGAAUCUAAAGAAACUCUUGUAUUUGGACCUCUCAAAUAGUGGUUUUUCUUUAAGUAUAUGGGAUGCAGAUAAUGGAUCUUUAUCGUCUUCCUUUCCCAAUGUGAUGUUUUUGGGACUAUCUGGUUGCAAUCUGACUAAGAUCCCUGCAUUCAUAAGACAUCAACAUCAAAUGCAUAGCUUAGACCUUUCAAAUAAUAGAAUUCAAGGGCAAAUACCAAGCUGGUUAUGGAGCAUUGUUGAACAAGCUAACUUCUUAAAUGUAGAUUGGUUCAUUUCUCUUGCAAACAAUAAUUUGAUUGGAGAAAUAUCACCAUUAAUCUGCAACUUGUCCAGACUUUGGCUACUUGAUUUGUCUAUGAAUAGGCUAACUGGUUCUAUUCCACCAUGUUUAUUUGAAGAUAAAAUUAAUCUCCACGUACUAAAUCUUAGAGGAAACCUCCUUCAUGGAGCCAUCCCUUAUGGAAUGAGUUCAAAAUGUACUCUACAAAAUAUAAUUCUUAGAGACAACCAGUUGGAGGGAUCACUUCCUCGGUCAUUGCCCAAUUGUCAAUCACUUGAGAUUCUAGACUUGGGGAACAAUAAAUUGAAUGACACAUUUCCUUAUUGGUUGGGGAAUAUGUCCUCUCUAAGAGUACUUGUUUUAAGAUCUAACAAGUUUCAUGGGCUAGUUGGGCCUCUUUAUGGAAAUCAUCAAAUAAAUUAUUCAUUCUCUAUGCUACAUGUAUUGGACAUCUCAUCCAACAACUUUAGUGGCAAAUUAGAUGGAGAGUGCUUCACUAAUCUUAAGUCAAUUAUGGUAAAUAUAUCAGAUGCAACACAAAAUUUUGCUUAUAAUUUGAUGGGUGAAUACUAUGAUUUGGAUGUGCUCACUAUCAUGAACAAGGGGCAACUAAUGACAUUGCAAAAGUUUUGGAAAAUCUUCAUGUCAAUAGAUUUUUCAAACAAUUAUUUUGAAGGAGAGAUCCCACUCGCCAUUGGUCAACUUGUCUCUCUCCAAGUGCUCAACUUGUCAUAUAACCGUUUAGCAGGCAAAAUUCCCCCUCAACUAGGGAAUUUGCCACAACUCGAGUCAUUGGAUCUCUCAAUGAAUAACAUUUCUGGUAAGAUCCCACAUGAAUUAGUUUCUUUGCAUUUCUUAUCAUAUUUAAACCUCUCCUAUAACAACUUGGUAGGAAAAAUUCCAUUAGAAGGUCAAUUCUGCACUUUCUCAAAAACUUCAUUUGAAGGAAAUGAGGGACUGUGCUGGUCUCCUUGUAACACAUUAGUUCCAAAGAUUUACUUGUAA